AGAAAAUGUACGAAUCUUACUAUGGCGAAGACUUGGUUGUUAAUAUUCAUAAGCGGUUUGCUUCGCCAUUGGAACGUUAGCAAGGAACGUCUGCAGCACCUAAUUGAAAUUCAACAGCCAAGCAUUCGCUAUAAGACGAAUUAGUAAUAUCGCUAUGAAGAGCUCAGUUCAUCUUUAAAACGGAGCGUGGGAGGGAGAACGGUGGAGAGCAAAAGCCGGGAGGCCAAAAUGUUCAUCAGACGAGAAGGUAUAGUGUGGAUGGCUUGAUGCAGCAGGAAAUCAGAGUGAUCCGUGGGAGUGUAUCUGAUGGCCUCGGUGGAGUUACUCUACAUAGAUAAUAGACGGGCAAGGCCCGAUCCCCCUGGGGUACUGGAUUGGUCUUCUAGCCCUCUUCAUGUUCACAGGCUAAACAGUUCGGUGGAAGAAGCUUCUCCCACUGUGAAGGUGCCUGCCUUUGAGGGACAGUGUAAUUCAGCACCAAGGACGGCUCCUCUCAGAGGACAACAUGGCCAGCACCGCCAUCAUCCCACAGAGAAGGUCAGGGUGUGCUGCGACGAGGAGCUGGAGACCUCGUUCACCUACAUUGAUGAAAACGUCAAUCUCCGGUUGGCCACCCCGGACACGAGCGAGAAAAGUGCUCGACGUGCAUCUUCGCUCCAUGACUCCUCCAGCGAAAUCCGUCCCGAGGGCCUCCAGGAGUUGUCGCUGAUGUCUGACUUCGAUCUCAGCUCGGAGAGUUCGGGGAAAUCCAUGGAUUACGGGUUCAUCAGCGCAGUCACGUUCCUCAUCACUGGGAUCUCGCUGGUGAUCAUAUCGUACACGGUCCCUCGUGACGUCAGAGUGAACCCCGACAAUGUCUCCGCCCGCGAAAUGGAAAGACUGGAGAACGAGAGCGCCAGGAUAGGCGCGCACCUGGACAGGUGUGUCAUCGCAGGCCUUUGCCUUCUCACUUUAGGCGGAGUGGUGCUGUCCACUCUGCUAAUGAUUUCCAUAUGGAAGGGUGAGAUGUACAGAAGGAAAGCCUUUGCUUAUUCCAAGCACUCCGCAAAGCUCUACGGUUCGAUUAAUUUAAGAACAAGAUCGAGCCCCAGUUGCUCAUCGCCACCCCAUAGUUUGGUCGAGGAGGAGAAUGGCAAUGCCAUUAGUUGACUCUUUUCUCCAGUUCUCCAUUCAUCUCUAUUGGACUGCCAACAUAACGUUGACCUUUCUAGCAUGGCCAAAAGAGCUUGUUUUUUUUUACCUUGAAUCGGUGACAGUUGCUUACUGAUGCAGAAAAACCUAGUAUCACGUAACAGAUUUCUC